AUGUCUCAAACAGAAACCAUACAAGUCAUACACCAAACCCCAAUUCCAACCCAAUCCCACGACGAAAUCUACCACCCAAACCAACAAAACGCUCAGGAUGCAUCUAAUCCAGCCGAAUCACCACAUCCCCCCUCCCUCUCCCUCACCAACAUCCAAAUCCUCACAAUAAUGACCUCCCUCUGCGCAUGUAUAUUCAUCGCCGCCCUCGACGUCACCAUCGUCACGACCGCCCUCCCCACCAUCACCGCCCACUUCAAGUCCAACUCGGCAUAUACAUGGAUCGGCACGGCUUUCGUGCUCGCCCACACGGCCAGCACACCCUCCUGGGGCAAGAUAUCCGACAUUUGGGGCCGCAAGCCAGUCAUGCUAGUUGCCAAUGCCAUCUUCUUCGCAGGCAGCCUCGUGUGUGCGCUCGUCGAUGAGCUGGAUGUCUUUAUUGCGGGACGGGCGAUCCAGGGUCUGGGGGCGGGCGGCAUGCAGACCAUGGUGAAUAUCUGUAUAAGUGAUUUGUUUAGCCAGCGGGAUAGGGGCGUGUAUUACGGUUUGACAUCGGUGGUUUGGGCUGUGGCAAGUGGUGUUGGGCCUGUUAUCGGAGGGGCGUUUACCACAAAGUUGAGUUGGCGGUGGUGUUUUUGGAUCAAUUUGCCGAUAAUUGGAGCUGUGUUUGUGCUGCUCUUGGUUUCUCUCAAGUUGCCGACGCCGAAUACGUCUAUUCGAGCUGGUCUUAAGGCGAUUGACUGGUCGGGAAGUUUUCUCAUCGCAGGAGGUACAUUGAUGCUCCUUCUGGGCUUGUACCUCGGUGGCAUUCACGAUCCGUGGAACUCGGCCACAGUGGUGUCGCUUAUUGUGUUUGGUAUAGUCACUGCAGGGUUAUUCAUCCUGAACGAGUGGAAGAUGGCAUCUUACCCCGUUAUCCCUAUCCACCUGUUCCGGAGUGUCUCUUCAGCUGCCGCCUACGCACUCUGCUUUUUCCAUGGAUUCGUCUUCCUCGGCACGGCGUACUAUCUACCCUUGUACUUUCAGGCCGUUCUCCUGGCCAGCCCCCUGGUAUCAGGCGUCUACCUGCUGCCGUUCAUAGUGUCAUCGUGUGUAGUCGCCGCUCUCACGGGACUGUAUAUCCAGAAGACUGGCAAGUAUAUGCCCGCCAUGUAUAUCGGCCUUGUAACCAUGACGCUUGGCAUCGGUCUGCUCAUCGACAUCGGCGUCGACAAGAACUGGGGCAAGAUUAUUGGGUUCCAGGUUAUUGCUGGUGCUGGCGUCGGUAUGAACUGGGAGGGACCUCUGCUUGCUGUUCAGGCGGUGUUGCCGUCGCGGGAUGUCGCUGCGGCUACGACUACCAUGGGGUUUAUGAGGACGAUUUCGACCGCCAUUUCGGUUGUUAUUGGUGGCGUGGUGUUCCAGAACCAAAUGAAUACCAAGCAGGGCUACUUGAAGGAGAAGCUUGGUGCGGAACUAGCCGCGGCGUUUGAUGGUGCGAAUGCUACGUUUAACGUUGAGGUGGUUAAGACGUUGCCUGAGGAGCAGCAGUUUUUUGUUAGGACAGCGUUUUACGAGAGCAUGAGAACAAUGUGGAUUGUGUACGUUGGACUAUCUGCGCUGGCAUUGGUAUUGGGGUUUCUCGUUCGCGGACACCAUCUCAGCAAGGAGCACCAAAUUACGGAGCCGGGACUCCGAGAAGAAGGUUCCGGAUCGUCAGAGCCAGUUCACACUACAGGGCGAGUUGCAAGUGAAGCCCACGAGAUGCAACUCACUUCGCGAAGAGCAUAA